ACUAGGAUGAAUAAUUACCCAAUUAGCCAAUGCUUCUUUGAGUUUUGUGCUUAGAACUGCCCAGCUACAGCUAUUGAAUCACUCUAAUGUUAUAUUUUUAUGAAGGUACGAUACGAAGCUUUGCUCCGUCCAUGCCGCUCGUCAACCCCUGAUAAAUUGGUAAUAGCAAUAUGGCAAGACAAGCUAAUACCCUUUUCCUUGAAGAAUGGCUUAGAAACAGCAGCGUUAGUAGUAGCAGCAUUGGCUUCAGACAUUCUUCUUUUUCUUCAUCUUCAUCAUUGUCGGCACGAGCCAUUAUUCAAGCAUGGACUGACCUUAGAGACUCCCUACAAAACCAAAGAUUUCAACCUCACCACCUUCAAGCGUUGAAAGCCCUUCUCAACUCUCAAGCAUCCCUUCAUGUUGCUGAUCCCCAGGCUAAGCUUCUCUUAUCCAUUCUCUCCUCUCAAAACCUUGACUUGCCAGCUGAGUCAUAUCCUCUCUUGUUCAAGCUUCUUUAUAUCUGGAUCAGGAAAUCCUUCAAACCCUCAUUAGUAAUUAUUGAUUUAGCUGUGGAGGUCCUUUCUAACACUUUUAGCACUGAAUUUGGUGCUAAGAAGAGCCCUUUCUUUUAUGCUGAUGGUCUUCUGCUCCUAGGGGCCUUUUCCUUUGCACCUUCUGUGCCUGAAAAGUCAAAAGUAGUCUGCCUGGAGUUAUUUUGUGGGCUACUGAAAGAAGUGUACCAAUUAGCUAGCUCCUUUGAAGAAGUUAUUGCUAAUCUUCUUGCAGGGAUAGGAUAUGCUCUAUCUUCAUCUGUGAAAGUUCAUUUUAUUAGAAUUUUGAAUUCUUUUUUCAGAAUUUGGAGGAAGGAAGAUGGGCCUUGUGCUAGCGUUUCUCAUGGGCUAAUGAUUUUGCAUUUGUUUGAAUGGGUCAUAUCUGGCUUUAUCAAAUCAAAUUAUGCUGAAAAAAUUGAAGUUUUUUCCCAAGAGUUUUUUGAGAAUUCAAAGGCAAAUUAUGUUCCAUUUGCUCUUCUCAUGACUGCAGCUGGGGCUAUUAGAGCUUCGAGUAGAUCUGUACCAAGCGGUCAAAAACUGCAAAUCCUUUCCAGACUGAGGAUAUCUGCAGAAAAAAAGAUAGAAUCUAUAGCACAAGAUUUGAUUUCAAAAGAGACAGAAUUCUCUAGUUCAGGUAAUGAUCCAACGAACAGUCUUUUGCUACAGUGUCUUUCAUUAGCCUUGGCUCGAUGUGGUCCAAUUUCUUCCCGAGGUCCUCUAUUUCUAUGCCUUGCUUCAGCAUUGUUAAGAGAAAUUUUUCCUUUACGGCAAUUCUAUAUGAGGUUUCUUGAGUACCCACAUGGCAGUUCUGGUCAACUAAGGUCUAAGGAGAUCAAAGAACAUCUAGAAAGUGUUCUUUUCAAGGAAGCAGGGGCUGUAGCUGGUGUUUUAUGUAAUCAGUAUGUUGCAGUAGAUGAAGGGAACAAGGGUAAAGUGGAGAAUCUUAUCUGGAAUUACUGUCAAGAUGUUUACUUGGGACACAGGCAGGUGUCUUUGUUGCUUCGUGGUAGAGAGGAUGAGUCACUUGGUUACUUGGAGAAAAUUGCUGAAUCUGCUUUCCUUAUGGUUGUCGUUUUUGCAUUGUCUGUUACAAAGCAGAAGCUGAAUUCAAAAUUCUCAAAGGAAGCACAAAUUGAGACGUCAGUGCAGAUAUUAGUUUCAUUUUCUUGUCUGGAGUAUUUCCGGCGCGUGCGUCUGCCUGAAUAUAUGGACACAAUCCGAGGAGUUGUCGUGAGUAUUCAGGAGAAUGAGUCAGCUUGUGUCUCUUUUGUAGAAUCCAUGCCCUCUUACACUGACUUGACAAAUGGGCCAGGCUUGUCCAUCCUGCAAAAGAUGGAAUACUUAUGGUCCAAGGAUGACGUGCAAACUGCUCGCAUCCUGUUUUAUUUGCGGGUUAUUCGAACUUGCAUUGAGCGUGUAACUGCCCCUUCUUUUAGAAGAGUGAUAGCUCCUACUAUAUUCUUGUAUAUGGUACAUCCAAUUGAAAAAGUAGCUCAAGCCUCACAUUCUAUGUUUGUGGGAUUUAUAUCUUCAGGAAAGGAUGAUGAAAGAAUUUCAUUGAAGGAGCAACUUGCUUUUUAUUACAUUCAGAGAUCUUUAGCGGGAUAUCCUGGCGCUACACCUUUUAAAGGUAUGGCUUCUGGAGUUGCGGCCUUGGUUCGACAUCUUCCUGCAGGAAGUCCAGCCAUAUUUUAUUGUAUCCACAAUCUUGUUGAAAAAACUGAUGGACUUUGCAGUGAAGUAUUUACUCACAAAGCUGAUAUAUGGAAGAACUGGCAAGGAGAGUCGGACCCUUGUAAGGAAAUCCUAGAGUUGCUUUUACGGCUUAUUUCUCUGGUGGAUAUACAGGUACUACCAAACUUGAUGAAGUUGUUGGCACAGUUGAUAGUAAAGUUGCCAAAAGAUGGCCAGAAUUUUGUUCUCAACGAAUUACAUUCACUUGUUGCAGAAUCUGAUGAUGUUACACGCAAACCCACUUUAGUUUCAUGGCUACAGUCAUUAUCUUAUGUAUGUUCUCAGGCUACCACUGGUGGUUCAACCUCUACAGGAGUAGGAGGUGAAAAAAAAUCUGUAUCUACAUGGGCUGGGGAAUCCUUGAAUGCACGGCUUUAAGAUGCUAGGGUGCCAGUUUUGGUUAUCCUAUUCUCCUCGUGUUGAAAAUUGUUUAUUCUUAAUUAUAUUGUACAGCUUAAACAAAGUUGUGUUAUAAAAUUUCCCGAAAUAUUUGGGAAUGAUAACUAGAAAUGUCGUCAUAAGAUGGUUUUGCAUCUGUAGGUUGCUCUACAAUUGAAUAUUUAUAUAUGGCAAUAUACUUUCAUUUGUUGUAAA